UCAUGAGUCACGACCGUACCACAUAUCGGUCAAAAGAACCAGGCCCUGCAAAUUUUUUUCAAACCCUACCCCUUCAUAUCCCUAACAAAUCUGAAACACCCACGAGCCAAAACAUCCCCAAGAACUAAAAUUGAUUCAGUUUCGAUCACCCAAUGGCCCAAAACCAAAGACCCAGAAGCAUUCUUGAGUCUCUGGGAGAAGAGAUUGUCAGAAUCAUAACUCCAGUCUCAAUCUGCAUGUUUAUGGUGGUCCUUUUGGUCUCUGUCCUCAAUUCAAGUUCUUCGUCUUCUUCUUCAGCAUCAGUCAGUUCCAUAGCCACCAUAGCAUAUGCUGAGACCAGUACAGACUCCUCCUGGGACAAAUUCUUAGGUGCCCUUUUGAACUCCCUUGUGUUUGUGGCUGUUGUCACGGUUGUAACCUUUGUUUUGGUGCUCCUAUUCUACCUCAGAUGCACCAAGUUCUUGAAACUCUACAUGGGUUUUUCUGCUUUUGUUGUUUUGGGAUUCAUGGGUGGUGAAAUUGCUUUGUUUCUGAUUGAAGAUUUUAGUAUUCCUAUUGAUUGUAUUACAUUUAUGGUGGUUUUGUUUAAUUUUGCUGCUGUGGGUGUUUUGGCUGUUUUCAUGUCAAAAAUGGCAAUUAUUGUGACACAAGGCUACUUGAUUGUUAUUGGGAUGUUGGUUGCUUACUGGUUUACUCUAUUGCCUGAAUGGACUACUUGGGUGCUAUUGGUUGCAUUGGCAUUGUAUGAUCUUGCCGCGGUGUUGUUGCCAGUUGGCCCGUUAAGGCUCUUGGUAGAGCUUGCGAUAUCAAGGGAUGAAGAUAUCCCGGCACUGGUUUAUGAGGCUCGGCCGGUGACUUAUAAUGAUUCAGGUCCAAUGGAUGGUGUAGCUCAGAGGAAGGUAUGGAGAGAUAGGAGGGGUGAGGAUUUAAAUGAUGGGUCUAACAGCAAUUCAAACACGAAUUAUGUUUUUGUUGACAAUGUGGAUUCAGGGUCUAACACCCUUUCAAACUCCAAUGCUGUUCUGGAUUCAAAUUCAGAUUCUAAUACCUUAGUUAGUGGCUACAAUGAUGCUUCUUUGGUUGGAGCUGAAGAGGGGCGGGUUCCAGAAAGGGACGCGGAGCUAUCUGUGCCAUUAAUUGAUCGUAGGAUGAUUAUUCAGCCGCAGCAACAAGAAGAUGCUGUGUCAAGUGAAAGUUUGAUGCUAGAGGGAAUUGGGUUAGGGUCUUCUGGUGCAAUCAAGCUGGGGCUUGGGGAUUUCAUCUUCUACAGUGUGUUGGUUGGUAGGGCUGCCAUGUAUGAUUUUAUGACAGUGUAUGCAUGUUAUCUUGCUAUAAUAGCGGGUCUCGGUGUCACUUUGGUGCUCUUGGCACUAUAUCGGAAAGCUUUGCCAGCUCUUCCUGUGUCAAUAGCGUUAGGUGUGUUGUUUUAUCUCUUGACACGGUUCCUACUCGAAGUUUUUGUUGUACAAUGUUCUUUGAACCUCUUGAUGUUCUGAAAUAUAAAUCAUGUUGUCCAAGUUUGAUACUUGGUCAUACAAUAAAUAGCAUGAGAAAGUCUGUUGUAUGAAA